CGGCGAGGGAGAGGGGGACUCGCGGGGUAGCGCGGGGGUGUGGCUCCCCGCGCGACGGGGCUGGCAGCGGGCAAGCCCUGAUGGCUUUUCAGCCAUCGUCCCGAGGCCGCUCUCCCAGGUUGGCGCCUCAACCUCCCCUAUCGCGUUUUCUUUUAAAUUGUGUGUGACGUGAGGGUGUAUAAGUAUGAAGUUCAACAUCGCUGAUCCCCAGACUGGCGGCCAGAAGCUCCUUGACAUCGAGGAUGAGCGCAAGAUCGCUCCCUUCCUCGACAAGCGCAUGUCGCAGGAGGUUGCUGGCGACUCCCUCGGUGAGGAGUUCAAGGGCUACGUCUUCAAGAUUACCGGUGGUAACGACAAGCAGGGUUUCCCCAUGAUGCAGGGUAUCAUGUCCCACGGCCGUGUCCGCCUCCUUUUCUCCAAGGGCAUGUCCUGCUACCGCCCCCGCCGCACUGGUGAGCGCAAGCGCAAGUCCGUCCGUGGCUGCAUCACUGGUUCCGACCUCUCCGUCAUGAACCUCGUCGUCGUCCGCCGUGGUGCCGAGACCGUCCCCGGCCUCAACGAUGUCACCAAGCCCGUCCGCCUGGGCCCCAAGCGUGCCUCCAAGAUCCGCAAGCUCUUCAACCUGUCCAAGGAGGACAACGUCUGCGACUACGUUGUUCGCCGUGACAUCAUGAAGGGCGACAAGAAGGUCGGCUCCAAGGCCCCCGCCAUCCAGCGCCUGGUCACCCCCCAGCGCCUGCAGCGCAAGCGCGCCCUCCUUGCCGAGCGCAAGGAGCGCAAGGCUUCCCACCGCGAGGCUGCCGCCGAGUACCAGGCCAUCCUUGCCCAGCGCAUCAAGGAGCAGCGCGAGAAGCGUGCCGCCCUUGUCCUCAAGCGCAAGGUCAACGCCAUCGACGCCGCCACCGCCAAGGUUGCCGCCAACUAAAGGCUCCUCGGUUGUCGUCCUACAAAUUCAGCGUUUCCUCCUCGUGUGGGUUGGCUGAAGACGAGAAGUGGUCGACGGUCGUCCGGGUGAAGGCGGCCAACGCGUGUCGUCGGGGGUGCCGCGCCGGCCCGGCGUGUGUGUCGUUCUCUGUCUGCUGGGAGCUUCUUUCUCCCUCCAGGCUGGCCCUCGCCUCGCCGCCUCCCUCCCCCUCGAUGCUGCGCGUCCCUCCUUCCCUCUGGCCGUCGCCCUUCUCUCCCCUCCAGUCAUCCAAGGCCCACUCGGACGUGGUCUUGUCUUCCCUGUUACCUUUGUUAGUGAUAAACAAUACCUACAAAUGUGAUAUUUUCCCGCACA